UGAUUAAAGAAACCCUAUAUUACCAACCAUAAAAGAGAGAGAUAUAUAAGAGCAGUAUAUAUAACCUGCGGCAAAAGUUGAGCCUUCUCAAGAAACAAUAAGCAAAGCUCAAAUUUUGUGCAACCCCAAAUGGAAUCUGAGGCUUCUCAUCAGCGCCCAAAACGGAGGAAACUCAGAAAGCUUACUCAAAUUCCAUCCACUUCCAGCAAAGAUUCAAUCCCCACUUUGCCAGACGAACUCAUCGCAGCAAUUCUUGUAAGGGUUCCAGUCAAAUACCUUUUACAGUUCAAAUGUGUUUCGAAAAAUUGGUUUGAUUUAAUUUCCAGCCCUGAAUUUGUCAAAACCCAUCUUAGUUUUUCCGCUAAGGAUUACACCCGCCAAAUAUCUCUGUUACAAUUUAAUAGACUAGAAGAGAGUAAUAUGAAAUAUUGUUCUGUUAGCUCUUUAUUUCAUGAUGACUUUGUUACUGAGGCACUUGAUUUGGAUUGUCCCAUGAAAAAUCCACCUCAAGGUGUUUAUAUUUCGGGUUCUGUUAAUGGGUUGAUUUGUCUUUCCAAUGGGUUUAAUGAGUUGGUUAUCUGGAAUCCAUCAAUUAGAAAGUUCAAGAAAGUGUUAGACUUUUUGCCUACACAGAUGGGUCAGUGCUGGUUCAAUUGUGGUUUUGGAUAUGAUGAGGUUCAUGACGAUUAUAAGGUAGUGGGUAUUUUUAGUAACAUGAUGAAGGCCAAUUUCGAGGCCAUGAUAUAUAGUUUAAAGAGUGAUUCUUUGAAAACACUUGAAGAUUUUAAACCUGGGGUGACUUACUCUGGUUCACCUAAGUUUGUGAAGGGAAAGCUUCAUUGGAUUACUAUGCGCAGAGGUCGUCAGGGCAUCACAUCUAUUGAUUUGGUUGAUGAGAAAUGGGGAAAGUUGGAGCAGCCCUGCAGCCAUAAAGGAGAUUUGAACCUUGGCGUGUUGAGAGGUGAUCUUUCUGUGCUCUAUAAUAGUUAUGAGAGAACUUACUUUGAUGUGUGGGUAAUGAAGGAGUAUGGAGUUAAAGAGUCUUGGACAAAACUGUAUACCAUAAGGUAUCCUGAGAACUAUAAGCUUUCUCCACCCCUUUUCAUGUAUAAUAAAGGUGAACUUCUUCUCGCGUUUGAAUCAACUUUUGCGAUAUACAAUCCAAAGAAUGACUCUAUCACAUAUCGAGAGGUUACUACUGUUGACGAAAGUAUUGAGGCGGAACUCUGCAUCGAAAGCCUAGUUUGUCCGGAUUUACAAAACGAUGAUUGAAAGAUUUCAGGACUCAGGUGAAUGACUGUCAAAAUACUUAACAACUUGUCGCUGUGGAAUCAUACAUGUGUUCAUGGAAACAUAUAUACUAAUCAGCUGAAGCUUUUUCUUUCAAUAGCUGACCAAAUGACUACAGGAUCAUCAUUCUACUCUACCUCAAUUCACCAUUUCGAAAACUUAUACCGAAGGUUUUUCUGUACCAUCUGCUUCUACCUAUACCACAGUUGAAGCAACUAAAGGAAAAUUUGGUUUCUUUCUGGUUUGUAUUGGAAGCAAUUGAAAUUACAUCCCUGCCUCUCGUGUAAUUCUAGUUGCCCGGCACCUUUGACAGUUAAAGUUGCUCGAUUCAAGAAGAUUAUAUCCCUAGGGUAUGUUAUGAGCAGAUUAGGACUAUAUUACUACUACUACUAUAUGCAAAUGUUUGUGCUUGAUGUAAUAGUGACGGCGAGGGGGCUAGUGUGUUAUAGUACACCUCACCUCCAGAUUUUGUUGUUCAUUGAUCAGGAUUCAGGUCA